CAACUAAAAGUUAAAGGGAAACCGAGCCGUUGGGAAAUAUUUCUACCCAAAGGGGCUCAUCACAGUUUUUGGCGCUGGUAUAUAUUCGAAACCCGCUCUUUCCUAGUGGUAAAUUUCAUCCAAAGAGUCAAGCCAGGAAAAUAAAACUCUACCACGGUCUAAAACCCCACAAAAGAAGAAGAAGAAAAGGGGAGAAAAUAGAUCUCCAAUGGCGUCAAACCUGGAAGUGGAAUGCCCGAUAUGCGGCAGUUCUUUUCCAUCUUCCAAAAUUGAGGUUCAUGCCGAGGCUUGUAUUCAGGCGAGCUUCUCCAGUAAUGAUGACACUCAGCAGCAACCUGGUCUCAGGGAAAAAUCAGCUGGUCCGGAAAUUCCUUCGGCUGGAAACAAGAGAAAGUAUGAAGUAGUGGAUGGUCACCAAUCAGCCUCAAAGAGUAGUCCCACAAAUUUCACCGGAAACAAAGGUCCUGCAUCAAGUAGUAAAAAGAUCCGUAGUGACCAGGCCGCUGCUUGGAGCUUCCUUGGAAAAACUGGCAGUACGAGCAAAAGUAACCGAGACCAAUCAACUCCAAAUGCACCUCAACAGUCCCAGGAAAGCGACAGACAAUUUGGAGUCAAAAAUAGUGCCAAGGAAUUUGCCAGAAGAACGAUAUUUUAG